CGCUGUAGACUAUGUGCACCCGAAAAGGAGUGUACACACUAGUCUAUAUGGGUUAGGAGCCUAACUGCCAGAGGGGUUUUAAACCCGACAGUAACGAUAACGCAUACUGUUUUAGCCUACAUAUAUAUCCCUCUGAGGAAUUAAUCCCGGCGGCGACAUCUGCCGCGUCAAAUAACAUCUUUACGCAACGCUUCCUGGCGCUUGUCAAUGUCGCCUAGUGCAGCAAGGGAUCAGAGUCUCUCCGUGCAAUUAAUAUUUGAAGGCGAAACUUUAGCCUCUUCCGGUUACUGGAACGUUUGAAGACAUUUGGAACGUAGCGUUGAAAUAAUCCCAUUGGAACAUAAAGCUACGCCGAAAGUCGCAUCGUUCCGGGUUCGACUCGAAAUGAAACACUUUUGAAAACUCUGUGUUCUGCGUGGACGUGUGUUCCUGUCUCGUCCCCAUUCCGCCUAAAUCGCAGCAGAUGGAGGGUUGCUGAGACCCGGGGAAUGAGAUACGCAUCUUUUGACUCGUCGAGGCAGCAUCCGAACAGCUGCAGGAGCUCGCUCGCUCCCUCUCUCCAUCUCACUCUCUCCCGUACGCAGGAAAGAACGGAACGGAACACUUAAUUUUACAGCAAGGACCUUCCUUAAAUUCGGUAGAUUCAACGAAUUUUAUGAUUUGCAACUUAGCCUUAUUAAAUUCCAUUUGCAUGGUUGUAACCUCGAUGAUGGUCUUACUAUCGGCGCCAAGGGGAGAUGUAAGCUGAUUCGUUGGAGGUGGGUUGUAGCCGUAGCAGCGCUGUGCUGACUGACAAAGCGACAGACCGACAGAGCGAGGAGAGCAGAGGAGCUGUCCAUAGGCUGGUGGUGCUGAUGCGGCGGCUCUGAGAAAAGCAGAGAAACCGAGCAUGGCUGCUGGGAAGUUACUGCUCUACGCCGGCCUGUCCCUCUCUCUGUGCGCCCUAGGAAUGCUAGCAGUGGCAAUCUGUUCCGACCACUGGUACGAGACUGACGCGCGGAGGUACCGGGAGCGCUGUCGGAGCUUCUCCAGCCGUAAGAACCCAGGCUUUAUCUACAUCCCCAACAACAGCCUCCCUCUGCGGGCUAGCCGCUCCAGACUGGACCGCUGGGAGGACAAGCUGCUCCUAGCCCGGAACAGAAGGCAGCUGUUCGCUAUGUCCGCCGCGGACGAAUGUAGCAGGCAGUACAACUCUACCAACAUGGGACUGUGGAGCAAAUGCCACCGACUGGACUUCGACCAGGACGUAGAAGACCUCAUUCGCAAAGGUUCCAUUACCAGAUGUUCCUAUAUCAAAUACCACUACUCUUCAGCAACGAUACCCAAGAACCUCUCGUAUGACAUCACAAAGACCAUACGACAGGAUGAGUGGCACUCUUUGCACCUGCGGCGGAUGACAGCAGGCUUCAUGGGUAUGGCUGUAGCCAUCAUUCUGUUUGGCUGGGUGAUAGGUGUUCUGGGAUGCUGCUGGGAUAGAGGACUGAUGCAGUACGUGGCAGGAUUACUGUUCCUCAUGGGAGGCACCUUCUGUAUAAUCUCUCUCUGUACCUGCGUGGCAGGGAUCAACUUUGAGCUCUCCCGUUAUCCUCGCUAUCUGUACGGCCUGCCAGACGACAUCGGCCAUGGCUACGGCUGGUCUAUGUUCUGCGCCUGGGGAGGUCUGGGGCUCACCCUCAUCGCUGGUUUCUUCUGCACCCUGGCUCCCUCCGUCCAGCCCCUCCCUCGAUCCACCUGCCCCAAGUCGAGGCAGGAGAACGGGACAGUCUGCUAAGAGGGACCCGGGAUGGAGGAUAGAGGAUCUGGAGGUCCAGGUCCUAGAUAGAUAGCUAACUACACCUUUAACCACACAGGACAGCCAUAAGAAAAGAGAAUUUAACAAACAAAAAUGUAACAAUGAGUUGACAAAUCCGUGCAUUCAUUUAAAUAAUCAUCAACUAUCCGUCUUUUCCCUGGCGACUUAAAGACAAUGUUUUGUUUGUUCUCUGUUUAAAGUAUGUUUGUGUGUGUGUGUAUAAAUAUGUUUAAAGUGUGUGUAAACAUGAUCUGGUUUCUUGAAAAACAACAGAUUAAAAAAAAAACACAACGAACUGACAGACAAAUGGAAUCGUCGAUCUGAAGUUGUGCUGGGGGGGUGGGUUUGUAGUCGGGGAGCGGAUGUUGUGAUGCUUGAAAUGGAUGUACCAUGAAACGGCCUUCUCUACUGGGGGAACGAGAGGAACCUUUCAGUAAUGAACCAUGACAGACGGAUGGACAACAAGGGAUGGGAGUUACAACAACAGGGGGGGGGGGACAUAUUGGACAUUGCACUUUUCAGCAGGAACGUUAAGUCUGAACCUCAGUGGAACUCAUCGUGGUGACCUCUAACCUCUAACCCACAACAAGGAGAAUAAACUGAAACUCUAUUGUUACCGAGGGGCAGUGGAGGCUGCUGAGGGGAGGACGACUCAUCACAACGGCUUGAACGGGCGCAAACGGAAUGGUAUCAAACACAUGGAAACCAUGGAAACCAUGGAAACCAUGGAAACCAUGGAAACCAUGCGUUUGAUGUAUUUGAUACCGUUCUACCUAUUUCCUCUCAAGCCAUUUACCACGAGCCCGUCCUCCCCCAAUUAAGGUGCCGCCAACCUCCUGUGUCGAACGGGGUUUAAUCAACACUAACUGAGAGGGGUCAAAGGUUGGACUAUUAUAAACAGCACAUCCCUGUUCUAAAGAGACAUCUCGGCUUGUUGGAGACUUCCGAUUGGACUAGCUGUGUGUUUCCUCAGAUCCACUCUGGGUCAUUGGACUAGCUGUGUGUUUCUUUAGAUCCACUCUGGGCCAUUGGACUAGCUGUGUGUUCCUCAGAUCCACUCUGGGCCAUUGGACUAGCUGUGUGUUCCUCAGAUCCACUCUGGGCCAUUGGACUAGCUGUGUGUUCCUCAGAUCCACUCUGGGCCAUUGGACUAGCUGUGUGUUCCUCAGAUCCACUCUGGGCCAUUGGACUAGCUGUGUGUUCCUCAGAUCCACUCUGGGCCAUUGGACUAGCUGUGUGUUUCUCAGAUCCACUCUGGGCCAUUGGACUAGCUGUGUGUUCCUCAGAUCCACUCUGGGUCAUUGGACUAGCUGUGUGUUUCCUCAGAUCCACUCUGGGUCAUUGGACUAGCUGUGUGUUCCUCAGAUCCACUCUGGGUCAUUGGACUAGCUGUGUGUUUCCUCAGAUCCACUCUGGGUCAUUGGACUAGCUGUGUGAGAAGGACAGCACAUCACAGGAUACAGACUCUCUACAGUAUCUCUCCUAUUGUACAAAACUACAGAAUAAUCAUUGCAGAGAAAUGACAGCCAGGAAAUUCCAUGUUGGAGCAUCGUCAUUCCAAAUGGCUCCCGAUUCCCUCUGGGCUCUAGUCAACAGUCGUGGUCCAAAAGUUUUGAGAAUGACACAAAUAUUAAUUUCCACAAAGUUUGCUGCUUCAGUGUCUUUUUAUAUUUUUUUGUCAGAUGUUUACUAUGGAAUACUGAAGUAUAAUUACAAGCAUUUCAUAAGUGUCAAAGGCUUUUAUUGACAAUGACAUGAAGUUGAUGCAAAGAGUCAAUAUUUGCAGUGUUGACCCUUCCUUUUUCAAGACCUCUGCAAUCCGCCCUGGCAUGCUGUCAAUUAACUUCUGGGCCACAUCCUGACUGAUUACAGCCCAUUCUUGCAUAAUCAAUGCUUGGAGUUUGUUAGAAUUUGUGGGUUUUUGUUUGUCUACCCGCUUCUUGAGGAUUGACCACAAGUUCUCAAUGGGAUUAAGGUCUGUGGCGUUUCCUGGCCAUGGACCCAAAAUAUCGAUGUUUUGUUCCCCGAGCCACUUAGUUAUCACUUUUGCCUCAUGGCAAGGUGCUCCAUCAUGCUGGAAAAGGCAUUGUUCGUCACCAAACUGUUCCUGGAUGGUUGGGAGAAGUUGGUCUAGGAGGAUGUGUUGGUACCAUUCUUUAUUCAUGGCUGUGUUCUUAGGCAGAAUUGUGAGUGAGCCCACUCCCUUGGCUGAGAAGCAACCCCACACAUGAAUGGUCUCAGGAUGGUUUACUGUUGGCAUGACACAGGACUGAUGGUAGAGCUCACCUUGUAUUCUCCGGACAAGCUUUUUUCCGGAUGCCCCAAACAAUCGGAAAGGGGAUUCAUCAAAGCAAAUGACUUUACCCCAGUCCUCAGCAGUCCAAUCCCUGUACCUUUUGCAGAAUAUCAGUCUGUUCCUGAUGUUUUUCCUGGAGAGAAAUGGCUUCUUUGCUGCCCUUCUUGACACCAGGCCAUCCUCCAAAAGUCUUCGCCUCACUGUGCGUACAGAUGCACUCACACCUGCCUGCUGCCAUUCCUGAGCAAGCUCUGUACUGGUGGUGCCCUGAUCCCGCAGCUGAAUCAACUUUAGGAGAUGGUCCUGGCGCUUGCGGAACUUUCUUGGGCGCCCUGAAUCCUUCUUCACAACAAUUGAACCGCUCUCCUUGAAGUUCUUGAUGAUCCGAUAAAUGGUGGAUUUACGUGCAGUCUUACUGGCAGUAAUAUCCUUGCCUGUGAAGCCCUUUUUGUGCCAAAGCAAUGAUGACGGCAUGUGUUUCCUUGCAGGUAACCAUGGUUGACAGAGGAAGAACAAUUAUUCCAAGCACCACCCUCCUUUUGAAGCUUCCAGUCUGUUAUUCGAACUCAAUCAGCAUGACAGAGUGAUCUCCAGCAGUGUUUUCGUCAACACUCACACCUGUGUUAAUUAACGAGAGAAUCACUGACAUGAUGUCAGCUGGUCCUUUUGUGGCAGGGCUGAAAUGCAGUGGAAUUUUUUUUUGGGGGGGGGGAUUCAGUUCAUUUGCAUGGCAAAGAGGGACUUUGCAAUUAUUUGCAAUUCAUCUGAUCACUCUUCAUAACAUUCUGAGCAAGGCAGCAGGUUUUAUGAAAAUGUAUAUUUGUGUCAUUCUUUUGGCCGUGACUGUACACUUGAUUGGGAGGAUUGGCACCCUAUUCCCUAACGGCUCCCUUUUCCCUCUGGUCUCUAGUCAACAGUAGUGCACUGGACAGGGAAUAGGGUGCCAGUGGAGACCUAUACCUAUUUCUUCAAGCCCUGUCUAUCCUCAAUCAUCUAACAUUUUAUACAUUAAUUCCUUUUUCUUUGUAUCGUCCUGAAACCCGUCCUGAAUGAAGGAACUGUGUGUUGUACUGUGUGUGUGUGUGUGUGUUUUCAGUCUCUAUAGAAUUAAAAACAUACAACACCUGUAGAAAAAAUGAACUGAGACUAGUAGAAAGAUGCACUAUCCUGUUUAAACAAUAUUACCCCGGUUCUGUCCUGUCAUCUGUUUACACAAUAUUACCCUGGUUCUGUCCUGUCAUCUGUUUAAACAAUAUUACCCCGGUUCUGUCCUGGCAUCUGUUUGGACAAUAUUACCCUGGUUCUGUCCUGUCAUCUGUUUGGACAAUAUUACCCUGGUUCUGUCCUGUCAUCUGUUUGGACAAUAUUACCCUGGUUCUGUCCUGGCAUCUGUUUGGGAGGACAAUAUUACCCCGGUUCUGUCCUGUCAUCUGUUUGGACAAUAUUACCCUGGUUCUGUCCUGGCAUCUGUUUGGGAGGACAAUAUUACCCCGGUUCUGUCCUGUCAUCUGUUUGGACAAUAUUACCCUGGUUCUGUCCUGGCAUCUGUUUGGGAGGACAAUAUUACCCUGGUUCUGUCCUGGCAUCUGUUUGGGAGGACAAUAUUACCCUGGUUCUGUCCUGUCAUCUGUUUAAACAAUAUUACCCCGGUUCUGUCCUGUCAUCUGUUUAAACAAUAUUACCCCGGUUCUGCCCUGUCAUCUGUUUACACAAUAUUACCCCGGUUCUGCCCUGUCAUCUGUUUGGAAGGACAAUAUUACCCUGGUUCUGUCCUGUCAUCUGUUUAAACAAUAUUACCCCGGUUCUGUCCUGUCAUCUGUUUAAACAAUAUUACCCCGGUUCUGCCCUGUCAUCUGUUUACACAAUAUUACCCCGGUUCUGCCCUGUCAUCUGUUUACACAAUAUUACCCCGGUUCUGCCCUGUCAUCUGUUUAAACAAUAUUACCCUGGUUCUGUCCUGUCAUCUGUCUGGGAGGACAAUAUUACCCCGGUUCUUCCCUGUCAUCUGUUUACACAAUAUUACCCCGGUUCUGCCCUGUCAUCUGUUUACACAAUAUUACCCCGGUUCUGUCCUGUCAUCUGUCUGGGAGGACAAUAUUACCCCGGUUCUGUCCUGUCAUCUGUUUAAACAAUAUUACCCCGGUUCUGUCCUGUCAUCUGUUUAAACAAUAUUACCCCGGUUCUGUCCUGUCAUCUGUCUGGGAGGACAAUAUUACCCCGGUUCUGUCCUGUCAUCUGUUUAAACAAUAUUACCCCGGUUCUGUCCUGUCAUCUGUUUAAACAAUAUUACCCCGGUUCUGUCCUGUCAUCUGUCUGGGAGGACAAUAUUACCCCGGUUCUGUCCUGUCAUCUGUUUAAACAAUAUUACCCUGGUUCUGUCCCGUCAUCUGUUUAAACAAUGUUACCCCGGUUCUGUGCUGUCAUCUGUUUGGGAGGACAAUAUUACCCUGGUUCUGUCCUGUCAUCUGCUUAAACAAUAUUACCCUGGUUCUGUCCUGUCAUCUGUUUAAACAAUAUUACCCUGGUUCUGUCCUGUCAUCUGUUUGGGAGGACAAUAUUACCCUGGUUCUGUCCUGUCAUCUGUUUAAACAAUAUUACCCCGGUUCUGUCCUGUCAUCUGUUUAAACAAUAUUACCCCGGUUCUGUCCUGUCAUCUGUUUGGGAGGACAAUAUUACCCUGGUUCUGUCCUGUCAUCUGUUUAAACAAUAUUACCCUGGUUCUGUCCUGUCAUCUGUUUAGGAGGACAAUAUUACCCCGGUUCUGUCCUGUCAUCUGUUUAAACAAUAUUACCCCGGUUCUGUCCUGUCAUCUGUUUAAACAAUAUUACCCUGGUUCUGUCCUGGCAUCUGUUUGGGAGGACAAUAUUACCCUGGUUCUGUCCUGUCAUCUGUUUGGAAGGACAAUAUUACCCUGGUUCUGUCCUGUCAUCUGUUUGGACAAUAUUACCCUGGUUCUGUCCUGUCAUCUGUUUGGGAGGACAAUAUUACCCCGGUUCUGUCCUGUCAUCUGUUUGGGAGGACAAUAUUACCCCGGUUCUGUCCUCUCAUCUGUUUGGGAGGACAAUAUUACCCUGGUUCUGUCCUGUCAUCUGUCUGGAAGGACAAUAUUACCCCGGUUCUGUCCUGUCAUCUGUUUGGGAGGACAAUAUUACCCUGGUUCUAUCCUGUCAUCUGUUUAUACAAUAUUACCCCGGUUCUGUCCUGUCAUCUGUUUGGACAAUAUUACCCCGGUUCUGUCCUGUCAUCUGUUUGGGAGGACAAUAUUACCCCGGUUCUGUCCUGUCAUCUGUUUAAACAAUAUUACCCUGGUUCUGUCCUGUCAUCUGUUUUAAACAAUAUUACCCUGGUUCUGUCCUGUCAUCUGUUUAAACAAUAUUACCCUGGUUCUGUCCUGUCAUCUGUUUGGGAGGACAAUAUUACCCUGGUUCUGUCCUGUCAUCUGUUUAAACAAUAUUACCCCGGUUCUGUCCUGUCAUCUGUUUGGGAGGACAAUAUUACCCUGGUUCUGUCCUGUCAUCUGUUUGGGAGGACAAUAUUACCCCGGUUCUGUCCUGUCAUCUGUUUAAACAAUAUUACCCCGGUUCUGUCCUGUCAUCUGUUUAAACAAUAUUACCCCGGUUCUGUCCUGUCAUCUGUUUAAACAAUAUUACCCCGGUUCUGUCCUCUCAUCUGUUUAAACAAUAUUACCCUGGUUCUGUCCUGUCAUCUGUUUUAAACAAUAUUACCCUGGUUCUGUCGUGUCAUCUGUUUAAACAAUAUUACCCUGGUUCUGUCCUGUCAUCUGUUUGGGAGGACAAUAUUACCCUGGUUCUGUCCUGUCAUCUGUUUAAACAAUAUUACCCCGGUUCUGUCCUGUCAUCUGUUUGGGAGGACAAUAUUACCCUGGUUCUGUCCUGUCAUCUGUUUAAACAAUAUUACCCCGGUUCUGUCCUGUCAUCUGUUUAAACAAUAUUACCCUGGUUCUGUCCUGUCAUCUGUUUUAAACAAUAUUACCCUGGUUCUGUCGUGUCAUCUGUUUAAACAAUAUUACCCUGGUUCUGUCCUGUCAUCUGUUUGGGAGGACAAUAUUACCCUGGUUCUGUCCUGUCAUCUGUUUAAACAAUAUUACCCCGGUUCUGUCCUGUCAUCUGUUUAAACAAUAUUACCCUGGUUCUGUCCUGUCAUCUGUUUAAACAAUAUUACCCCGGUUCUGUCCUGUCAUCUGUUUAAACAAUAUUACCCCGGUUCUGUCCUGUCAUCUGUUUAAACAAUAUUACCCCGGUUCUGUCCUGUCAUCUGUUUAAACAAUAUUACCCCGGUUCUGUCCUGUCAUCUGUUUAAACAAUAUUUCCCCGGUUCUGUCCUCUCAUCUGUUUAAACAAUAUUACCCUGGUUCUGUCCUGUCAUCUGUUUAAACAAUAUUACCCCGGUUCUGUCCUGUCAUCUGUUUGGGAGGACAAUAUUACCCUGGUUCUGCCCUGUCAUCUGUUUAAACAAUAUUUCCCCGGUUCUGCCCUGUGUCAUCUGUUUAAACAAUAUUACCCUGGUUCUGUCCUGUCAUCUGUUUAAACAAUAUUACCCUGGUUUUGUCCUGUCAUCUGUUUGGGAGGACAAUAUUACCCUGGUUCUGUCCUGUCAUCUGUUUAAACAAUAUUACCCCGGUUCUGUCCUGUCAUCUGUUUAAACAAUAUUACCCUGGUUCUGUCCUGUCAUCUGUUUAAACAAUAUUACCCUGGUUCUGUCCUAUCAUCCGUUUAAACAAUAUUACCCCGGUUCUGUCCUGUCCUCUGUUUAAACAAUAUUAACCCGGUUCUGUCCUGUCAUCUGUUUAAACAAUAUUACCCUGGUUCUGUCCUGUCAUCUGUUUGGGAGGACAAUAUUACCCUGGUUCUGUCCUGUCAUCUGUUUGGGAGGACAAUAUUACCCUGGUUCUGUCCUGUCAUCUGUUUGGGAGGACAAUAUUACCCUGGUUCUGCCCUGUCAUCUGUUUAAACAAUAUUACCCCGGUUCUGUCCUCUCAUCUGUUUUAAACAAUAUUACCCUGGUUCUGUCCUGUCAUCUGUUUUAAACAAUAUUACCCUGGUUCUGUCCUCUCAUCUGUUUAAACAAUAUUACCCCGGUUCUGUCCUGUCAUCUGUUUUAAACAAUAUUACCCUGGUUCUGUCCUCUCAUCUGUUUAAACAAUAUUACCCCGGUUCUGUCCUGUCAUCUGUUUGGGAGGACAAUAUUACCCUGGUUCUGUCCUCUCAUUCUAAAUUCUAUUGUGUCUCUCUGCCUUGGGGUUUUACUACGGAGCUGUCCAGAUCAUAUUUAGAGCUAGAGGACAACCGGCAAAGAUGUAGUGAGGAGAGGUGCCACAGCUUCAGUUAAAACCACACGCUUCUAAGAUGGAGGACAAAGGCUCAGCUUGUCAACGGUUGGGAAUCGCAGCAAUUCUCUUUCUGUAAAGAUUGUCAAAACAUCAUAUCACUUUCGAUCUGGAAGUACAGUAUUAUUCAUAAACAAUUACAGUCGAGAAAACUUGUAUGUCCAUUUCAGUGGUGUAAAGUGACUAAGUAAAAAUACUUUAAAGUA